CAGCUCACCCGUGACCUUCAAAAGAACAAGCACAACAGAACUUGGAAUGUUUAUACCUUUCUUUUUGUGUCAAACAUAGCUCUCAAUCUCAGCCAGUCAUACCUGACAGACUAAACACAGGGAUAAAGACAAAUUUUCACCACGCCCUCUAGUGUCCACACGCCAGAAAGACAAAAGUUGCCACGACUGCAGCAGUUGGGCAGACGACGCCGCUCAAACAUGUCCAAGUUAGUGAGCUACUACACGCUGUGCGUAUUUGUGUGCUCUCAGCUCCGGGACGCGAGCGUUUGGGCGGAUGAUGAGGUCAAGAUCGAGGUGGUGUACCAGCCCGACACGUGCGAAAAAAAGAGCAAGAGAGGAGACUUGAUGAACGUCCACUAUGACGGCUUCCUCGCCAAAGAUGGGUCCCAGUUCUACUGCAGUCGCCACGACAAAGCUGGCCACCCGCAGUGGUUCGUCCUGGGCGUGGGACAAGUCAUCAAGGGCCUGGACAUCGGCAUGGUGGACAUGUGUGUGGGGGAGAAGAGGAAAAUCACUGUUCCGCCCGCCUUGGCCUUUGGAGAGAAAGGCAAAGGACCCGUCCCACCCAAUGCGACGGUGGUUUUUGAAGUGGAGGUCUACUCCGUGUCUCGCGGUCCACGCAGCGUGGAAGCUUUUGGCGAAGUAGACGUCAACCAAGACCGAAGUCUUACAAAGGAGGAGAUCAAAGCCCACCUGAAGAUGGAGUAUGAAAAAGAAGGCAAGCCCCGAGACGACCCCUUCUACGAGAAGAUUGUCACCGACAUCUUCCGUAAGACCGACACCGACAAAGACGGGAUCAUCAGUGCAAAAGAGUACAACAUUUAUCAACACGAUGAGCUUUAGCCCUUUCGACUUGUAGUACAUUCAAAGCGUGCUAUCGUUUCUUCUAGCCCGUGACUAUUUUUUUUUUAUUUUUAUAACUUUUCAUAGUCCACAAAUGUGUUUAGGGUCUGACGACACUGAAGCUUUAAAACUCCGCAAAAUCUGUAUCGACGCAGAUAGGGUAUCAUUUUGUACAACUGUAAACAAUAGUUCGUUAGGACCGUAAGGAUUGAGCUGCUUUCGUCCUUCGCCCCUCUGUAGUAAGAAACCAACUGAGGCAUGCUUAAUUAUCCACACGUGUCAGAAACGUAAAACAAAAUCCAGCAAAACACAGGAAGGAAGCCGAGAGGAGUCGAGUAGAGUAUUCGGGUUUGCUCACUUUGGGCGAAAACCGUUUUUUUGGUCGUAAACUGAG